GACCUCCCCGAUUUGGCGGACUACCCCGGAAAACUCCCUGGAUGGUGAUUUCUGCGUCUUUCCGGUUUCGUUCUUUCCAGUAAUUCUCGAGUUAUGCGCUCCGGGAGACUCUCCAUUUAGAUUGUGUGGGUGAUGGUAGCACGCCCUGGAAGCCGUUGCAUGAUCUUCCUACCAUUUACUUCCCGCUGCUGCUCUGUGUCUCCAAACCACGCCCGCCAUGGCUCUGGACGACUCUCAGCAUACGUACGAAGAUGAGGGAGUCACGACAGUUACACAGUCCAAGGUUUCCAAGCCCGCCGUUGUCCGCAAGAAAUUUGCAAAGCCUCCUGUCAAAGUAGCAUGUCUCGCGUGUCGUGCUUCACGAACACGGUGCGAUGGACAAGACCCUUGCACAAACUGUCUUAGCAAGAAGCGGAAGUGCUCCUACCUGCCUAGUAAACGCGGGGGUCCACGAAAGAAGAAGAAGCCUUCGAUCUCUUCGGAUGAGGCCGUUCAGCAAGAUGACGAGCAGAGCGCCAUGAUUACCCCACCAUCCUCCGGGUUCACUGACUCCUCGGAAGUCUUUGGCCAGAUUGAUGUACUAUCAAUCCCUGGGGCAGGACUCAGAAGCCUGGACUUUCCGUCUGAUGUGCACGCCAUGUUCACAGAUCUUUUCGUCCCUGAUGGCGAGAGUAAUAUUCCAGUCCAAAUGGAGCCCACUCCUUCGCCAUCGAAUGUCCCAUCGCGCUCCCUGGUUAGGACUUACGGCGGUGAAAUAGAUAUCUUGAAUGCCUACUAUGAAUUCAUCCAUCAUUAUUUCCCUAUACUUCCGCCGAGGUUGACCCCGCGCAUCCCAGAUCGACCUCUGGACUGCGUCGGUUCGUUCACCGAGUCACCUACAGAGGAACCCAUGAUACCCUAUCGGCCACAAUCUCCCCUCAGCUGUGCGAUCUCGGCCAUAUUAGCUCUAGUGCCACAUCCAAACGAUCUUGAACCAUCUAGUCCCGCCUCUGUGGUCCGUCGCCGAACAUACGCCCAGACGUUUGCGCAGAUGGCCAAUUCGAGCAUCGAAUCCGACUGCGAGCUCCAUGUCUCGACCACUGAUCCUGCACAAGCGCUGUCCAAUGACCGGCCCCUCAUUGACCGAGCUCCUCUUCACCCUCGAGCGCCUGUGGAACUGGAGAGCAUAUUGGCACUUUUAGUUCUCUCAGUCUACGAAUACACCCAACGAGGGAACUUGUUGAAGAUGAGAUAUCGUGCCGGUCAAGCCCUGGCAAUAGCACUGGACAUGUCUCUGCACUCGCUCGGCGAUGAUUAUGAUGAAUUCUCAGAAGCUCGAAGAAGAGCUUGGUGGAUGACCUAUUAUUGCGUCCUCCAAGGUUCUAUUGUUAGCGCAACACCGCUCUCUAUUGUCGCCAACGAUCCUCAAUUCGUCACCCCCUACCCACGCUUCUCUGCUGAUCCCGACGGGUGGACCGUUCUGAUCCAAGCUCAACAAGUGCUUGUAUCGGCAACACAGUUCGUCGUCGAUCUCAACAAAUGCGUCUUAACCAGAACGAACAUGCAAUACAUCUUCGAGCGAAUGCAGCAACUCGAUUCAUGGGCAGGUUCCGCUUUAGCGCAGUCGAAUCUGUUGCCCAUAGUUCCGCAGCCCAUGACUUGUGGGGGUGACAUAGAAUCUAUAACGGCUCAAAGUAUUCGCUCCAUUUCGCGUAUCAAGCUGUCGAGCGCUCAAAUCAAGAUCCAUCGUUUCAGAGCAUUCUCCGAUAUACCCAUCUUCAUCAAGAAACAUUGCGAUCUUACCGCGGCCACCACCACCAGCCCUGUAUCAGCCGACGCCGUAAAAAGCCCGGCGACACAAGACGGCAUUACCCGGGUCGGUUGCUCCUGUAGCAGUCUCGACAUGUUCCAGCAAUCCCCAUCUGAAUAUACCCCUUCUUCCGCAUCUUCAACGUCCUCCGAGUUCUCAUCUAUACCUCAGUAUUCUUUCACAAGUGGAUUUCCUUACAGCAGCCAACACUCGGCCAAAAUAUGCCUUCGGGCGUCCCUUCUGAUCUCUCAAAUGUUCCACUGCCUACCUCUCCCGCAGCCGCUUCAGGAUAACUGCCACCCUCAACAAGGCCUGCAGCUACUGUCGAGCCAACUCCCGCGGACCAUGCCAUCGUUCGCCUGCUGUCUCAUGCAGGGUAGUUACGCCAUGUUGAUGAUAUUCUACAAAGCCCGCGUCGAGAAGCAGAUGACCCCAGACUACGGCAGCGACAACAUGAGUAGCCCGUCCGACCGACUGAUCGAAGAGAUCCGGGAGGGGCUGGAGCGCAUCAUCGCAACGGCGUCGAAUUACGCGCUUGCUUUCGAGGCGUUAGAUGGCAUGAGAGAUGAAAUCGAGGGUGCAUAUCAUACGGCGUUUAUCCAAGCAUGAAGAGUCCCAAUUUCUCCACCAAUAUCUAAUCUCUCGACUCGUACAUACACAC